AUGGCAAAACCACAAGUCUUCAAUGUAACCAACACCACACCACCACCAAUAAUCAUGGAGCAUGAACAAGAAGGCAACGAUAUCUCCGGAGACUACUACAACCACCACGGUGAAGAGGACGUUUCCGGCAACGGUUGUGGUUGUUUCCAUCUUUUCUCUUACUUCGACAAUCACCACCGCGAUGGAUCAGAAACAACGGCGUUCAUCCAUCGCAGAUCGGGAGAAACGAUAGAGAAAGAGAGUUGGUUGAUGAUUAGAUUCAAAAGCUUGAAGGAGUUUUCAGAGUUCGUGGCCGGCCCCGGCCCCAGAUGGAAGAACUUCAUUAGAAAAUUUAGCAAGAAACCAAAGAAGAACUCGCAAUUUCAAUACGAUCAGAAGAGUUAUGCCCUUAAUUUCGAUGACGACGGUGGUGGGGGUGAUGACGGAGACGGUGAUUUGUUGCCCCGUAGUUUCUCUACAAGAUUUGCUCCUCCUUCACGAUCCAUGUCGACUUAG